ACAGGUAAUGUGGCACUUGACAAUUUACAGAUAAAGGAGAAUGCAUUGAGUGAACUGGAUGUACCUUUUAGAAUAAAAGUUGGUCAGAUAGAUAAACUUACUCUGAAGAUUCCUUGGAAGAAUCUCUAUGGGGAGGCAGUUGUUGCAACUCUAGAAGGCUUGUAUCUUCUGAUAGUUCCUGGAGCAAGUGUUAAAUAUGAUGCAGAGAAGGAAGAAAAGUACUUGCAGGAUAAUAAACAAAAGGAACUGGCAAGAAUUGAGGAAGCCUUGCAUAAAGCAGCAGAAAAAGGCACCCAUUCACAAGAUUCCUUGUAUGGGUUGGAGAGCCUGGUUUACAAGGACACCAAGCCUGGACGUAAGCGUAAAAAGUACAAAAAGCAUUUUAAGAGACCCUUUAGAGGUCGUGAUCACUCAAAAGACAAACCAAAGGAAGAGAAGAAGGAUACUUUCUUAGAAAAGCUUGCAACUCAAGUUAUAAAAAAUGUACAAGUCAAAAUCACAGGCAUUCAUGUUAAAUACGAAGAUGAUAUCACAGACCCACAGUGCCCGAUUUCCUUGGGAAUGACGCUGGGGGAGCUGAGUUUACUGACAACAAACGAGAACUGGACACCUUCCAUUCUGAAUGAAGCUGCAAAAAUAAUAUACAAGCUUUUGUGCCUGGACAGCCUCAGUGCUUAUUGGAACAUAAACAGCAAAAUGUAUUAUCAUGGCUCCCGUGAACAAAUACUGGACCAGCUGAAAAAAGGAAUUCCCUGUCAUGGUCACCAGCCUGAAGACUACCAGUACAUUUUCAGACCAGUGUCAGCCUCUGCAAGACUCUAUAUCAACCCAUAUGCAGAAGUAGAACUGAAAACUCCUAAGAUUGAUUGCAAUGUAGAAGUGCAGAGAAUUGUCAUUGAAUUCACUAAGCCACAGUACCUCAGCAUGAUAGACCUGCUGGAGUCCAUAGAUUACAUGGUUCGCAAUGCACCCUACAGAAGAUUUAGGCCAAAUGUGCCUCUCCAUAAAAAUGCCAAGGAAUGGUGGAAAUAUGCAGGUACCAGUGUUCUGGAAGUUCACAUCAGAAGGCGUACUCGAAUGUGGUCGUGGAGUAACAUCAAACAGCACAGGCAGCUUCUGAAGAGUUACAAAAAUGUGUACAAGAACAAGCUCACACAGAGCAAACUGUCAGAAGAAACACAGAAGCAAAUCCAGGACCUGGAAAGAAAACUUGAUGUCUUCAAUACAAUCUUAGCAAGACAACAAGCACAAGUUGAGACAAUAAGAUCAGGACAAAAGCUACUGAAGAAGAAGAGCGCUGAAGCAGAAAAGAAAAGUGGAGGAUGGUUUAGUGGUUUUUGGGGUAAAAGAGAAUCUAAGAUUAAAGAAGAUGAAGAACCACUCGUGCCUGAAACUCUUGAUGAACUAAUGACACCAGAGGAGAAAGCUAAACUUUAUACUGCUAUUGGAUAUAGUGACAGCUCCCAUCACCUUUCAUUACCAAAGCAGUAUGUUGCCCAUGUUGUGACACUGAAGCUGUUAAGCACUUCUCUUACAAUUAAAGAAGACAAGAAUGUGGCAGAAACUCUAAAAGUGCAGAUGAUUGAUCUGAGCACCAAAAUAUCCCAGCGCCCAGGAGCACAAGCCAUUAAGGUUGAAGCAAAGCUUGAAAACUGGUAUGUGACGGGCCUGAGACAAGAAAACAUUGUGCCAUCUCUUGUGGCUUCCAUAGGGGAUAGCAAAUCUUCUCUGCUUAAAAUUGAGUUUGAUAUUAACCCAGAGGACAGCACAGCUGACCAGAGCCUUACUAUUGAAUCACAGCCUGUGGAAGUAAAAUAUGAUGCAAGAACAAUAAAUGCAAUGGUAGAAUUCUUUCAGACAAGUAAGGGAAUGGAUCUUGAAAGAUUAACAACAGCCACCUUAAUGAAACUGGAGGAAAUCAAGGAGAGAACUGCUACAGGAUUAGCUCACAUUAUUGAAAUGAGGAAAGUCCUUGACUUGAGGAUUAAUCUGAAACCUUCCUACCUGGUGGUUCCACGGACUGGUUUCUACCAUGAAAAUUCAGAUUUGCUGAUUCUGGACUUUGGUACAUUUCAGCUGAACAGCAUAAAUCAAGGCAGUAGUGAAGCUUCCAACUUUUCAUCUUUAGAGGAGAUUAUGGACAAAGCUUAUGACAAAUUUGAUGUGAAAAUUAAAAACGUGCAACUUCUUUUUGGGAGAAGAGGUGAAGACUGGAAGAAGGCUCGUUUUCAACACCCAUCAACUUUGCACAUUUUGCAGCCUAUGGAUAUCCAUGUACAGUUGGCAAAAUCAAUGGUGGAAAGAGAUUCCAGGAUGGCAAAGUUUAAAGUGUCAGGAGGACUUCCUUUGGUGCAUGUCAGACUCUCUGACCAGAAAAUCAAGGCAAUCUCUGAUCUGAUUGAUAGCAUUCCACUGCCUCAGAAGUCAUCUGUGUCAGUUCCAAGCACAAAGGUACCAGCUAUUCCCACAAUUCCUGUUGUUGGCAAAGGGCUGCUUAGCACACCCCAGCUGUUAGCAGAAAUGGUGUCAGACUCUGAAGAAGAAUAUUUUGAUUUUGAGGAAAGCUCUGAACCAAUUGACAGUUCAGUAAUUAAAGGAGAAGAAAUAAGAAAAGAGGAGCCUGCUCAGGAGGAACUGACAGAUCUUCACCUCAAGUUUGAAAUUAAAGAAGUUUUAGUAGAGCUCACCAGACAAAAGACAAUUGAGGAAACAGUGCUUGUAUUUGAUGUAAUGCAUCUUGGGACAGAAGCCACUGUCAAAACCUACAAUUUAGCAGCUGUAUCUUAUUUGAAGAAAAUAAGCUUGGAUUACUAUGGAACUGGAGGUAAAAAAGGACCCAUUCAUCUAAUUAGUUCCUCAGACAAGCCUGGCUUAGACCUGCUGAAAGUGGAAUAUGUCAAGGCUGACAGAAAUGGGCCACAGUUUCAGACAGUUUUUAACAACACUGAACAGAUGAUUCAGGUGACUUUUUCAUCACUGAACCUCCUGCUGCACACAGAGGCCCUUAUGUCUGCUGUCAGUUUUCUAACAGCUGUUAGUCCAUCAGGCACUGAAAGAACUGGAGAGACACCAGCCAAAGAAAAAAAGCAAGAGGAUGACUCGAGAUUGAAGAAAGUGUCUAAACCUUCCAAGGAUAAGGAUGUGUUUGACUUCAAGCUUUUUGCCAAGCUGGAUGCCUUCUGUUUAAAUAUUUGUGAUGAAAAAAAGAACAUUGCAGAGAUCAAGAUACAAGGUCUUGACUCAUCUCUUUGCCUUCAGCCAAGCCAAACUGUAUUCUUUGCCCGACUGAAGGACAUAGUUGUCACAGAUGUUGAUUCAAGGACCCUUCAUAAAAAAGCUGUGUCUAUAGUGGGAGAUGAAGUUUUCAGUUUCAAUCUGACAUUAAAUCCUCAUGCUACUGAGGGAGAAGCCUACACUGACAUGUCAAAAGUGGAUGGUUCUGUAUGUUUGAAAGUGGGCUGCAUCCAGCUGGUGUACCUUCACAAAUUUCUCAUGUCUCUCCUGACCUUCUUGAACAACUUCCAGACAGCCAAGGAGACCCUGAGUGCUGCCACAGCCCAGGCUGCAGAGAAGGCUGCCAGCAGUGUGAAGGGCCUGGCCCAGAGGAGUUUCCGCCUCGCCAUGGACAUUCACCUGAAAGCACCAGUCAUAGUCAUCCCCCAGUCCUCCAUCUCCCCCAAUGCCAUAGCAAUAGAUCUGGGCUUGAUUAAGGUUCAGAACCAGUUUGUCUUGGUGUCCUCUGAGGGCAGUUCACUCCCUCCAGUCAUUGACAAAAUGGAUGUGCAGCUGACAAAGCUGAAACUGUCAAGGAUCACUUUGGAGACAGAUUUGACACAUCCAGAUAUUCAGAUACUUCACCCUAUUAAUUUAAGCUUGUCUGUGAAAAGAAAUCUCUCUGCAGCUUGGUUUCACAAGUUACCAGUGUUGGAGGUCACAGGGUAUUUGGAUACAAUGAAUGUUGUGUUAAGUCAAGAGGAUUUGAGUGUCUGUCUCAAAGUGUUGACAGAAAACCUGGGUGAAGCAGAAGAGACUCAAAAGGAUGCAACAAAAUCAGUGCUGCAGAAGGAAGGUAAAAUGAAAGAAGUGGAGAGAUCAAUUUUGAUACAGGAUAAGAGUGUUUCAGAAGGAUUGCUGUCUGAAAAGAGAAAAAUAACAUUAAAUGAAGAUGUAAUCAAUAUGCUGCUUAAUUUUGAAAUCAAGGAGGUUAAAAUAACCCUGAUGAAGCAGGUUCAGAAGGAGAGAUAUCCAUUACAUAUUCUAACUGUGCUACAGCUUGGCACCAAAACCAAAAUUAGAAAUCAUGAAUUGGCUGCAGCAGCAUAUCUGAAGAAAAUUACAAUGAGAUGCACUGAAAUACAUGACUCAAAAGGAGAUCCUCUUUGCAUUCUUAAUUCCUCAAGUGAGACAGAUGAACAUCUUUUGAAAAUGGAAUAUAUUAAGGCUGAUCCUGAUGGACCAGACUUUGUUACUGCUUACAAAAGCACCAAGCAAAACAUGAAUGUCAUCUUUUCCUGUUUGGAUAUAGUGCUUCACACUGAGGCUUUGCUUUCCAUCAUGGGUUUCCUCACCUUCAGUGUUCCAUCAGGUGGUCUUCCCAGUGCUGAGAAAUCUUCAGAGCACAAGCCUCCAAUGAAAGAGCAGGAAAAAGGAAGCACUCUUAGAGCAGUGUCUGGUGAUGCAGCCCAUGAUGAUGUCUCUGAAUUAAAGCUCACUGCAAAGCUGAAUGCAUUCAGUAUUACAGUGUGUGAUCAGACCUGCACAAUUGCAGACAUUAGAGUACAAGGAAUGGAUGCAUCUGUGGCUAUGAAGCCUAAAGAGAUUAAAGUGUUCUCCAGACUUAAGGACAUUGUAAUUACAAAUGUUGAUCCAAAAACAAUCCAUAAAAAGGCUGUCUCCAUAAUGGGAGAUGAAGUGUUUAGAUUCCACAUGUCACUUUAUCCAGAUGCCACUGCAGGGGAGGCCUAUGCUGAUAUGUCAAGGGUGGAUGGUAAAAUGUCUCUGAAAGUGGGCUGCAUCCAAAUAAUUUACCUGCAUAAGUUCUUCAUGUCUCUCUUGAACUUCCUGAACAAUUUCCAAGCAGCACAAGAAGCCCUGACUGCAGUCACUGCACAGGCAGCAGAAAUGGCUGCUUCCAGCAUGAAGGACUUUGCUAAAAAGAGCUUCCGCCUCCUGAUGGAUGUCAACUUGAAAGCUCCAGUCAUAGUUGUCCCUGAAUCUUCAGCUUCAUCUAAUGCUUUGGUAGCUGAUCUUGGCUUAAUCAGAGUUCAGAAUGAAUUCAAGCUGGUGUCCUCAGAUGAAUCUCCUCUCCCUCCAGUCAUUGACAACAUGGAUGUGCAGCUGACUCACUUGAAAUUAUCAAGGUGCAUUAUAUCCACAGAUUCACAACCAGAUUCUGAAAUUCUGCGUCCUGUGAGUUUGACUUUACUGGUCCAGAGAAAUUUAGCAGCAGCAUGGUAUCAUAAAUGCCCAACAAUUGGUAUCAAAGGAGACCUAAAACCAAUGCAGAUUGCACUCAGUGAAGGUGAUCUAACUGUUGUCAUGAAGAUUUUACUUGAAAACCUUGGAGGGGCUUCUUCCCAGCCACAUACUGUGCAGGAGAAUAUUGAGGAUAUGCAGAUACCUAAAAAAGGGAAAGCUCCACAUGAAUCUGGUGGCUCUGAGGGUAUGUUCAGUUCAAAGGCUGAAUAUGUAAUGAUAGACAAGAAAGAUGACACAAAUGACACUUCUAUGAUUGAUAUAAGAUACAAGCAGGAUAAAGAUGGAACUGAAGUUGUUGCUGUCCUCGACAAGCUGUACAUAUGUGCUAGUAUGGAAUUUUUGUUGGCAGUAGCACAUUUUUUCAUUAAGUCAAUGCCAGUGUCUUCAGCUGAAGGAUCUGCACAAUUCCAAUUAAAGCAAGUUGCUGCUGGGAAAUCCAAGGCAGAUACAGAGAUAUCUGUACGGCCAAACAUGACAGUAAAAGCUGUGAUUCUGGAUCCAGAAAUUGUAUUUGUUGCUAAUUUGACCAGUGCUGAUGCCCCUGCCUUAAAAGUUUCCUUCCAAUGUGACUUUUCUCUGACAUCAGACAAGCUUGCACAAAGGAUGACUGCUCAAGUGAUGGCCUUCAAAGUGUUGGCCUGUGCUUUUCUCAAAGAAAAACAAGGCAAGAAUGUUACUACGGUGUUACGGCCAUGCUUUUUGGUCAUGGAAAAUAUGGUGCACACUUCAGGGUUACACACUGUGGCAGUAACAAUGGAGGAACUAACUAUUAAGAUAUCACCAAUAAUUUUGAAUACUGUUGUGACCAUUAUGGCUGCCCUAAAACCCAAAACAGCAGAGGAGGAUUCCAGAGGAGCAGCAGAAGUUUCUGAGAACUUGUGGCAAGUGAAGCCUGUGGAUGAGUGCAAUGCUUGGUUCCUUGGUGUUGACAUAGCCACAGAAGCAACAGAAACUUUUAGGGACCAUGAACAAAUUCUGAAGCAAGAGAAAUUUGAUAUUGUAGUGAAAUCAGUUCAGAUGACCUUGGAAUGUGGCCUGGGCCAUCGGACUGUCCCUUUAUUGUUGGUGGAAUCUGCAUUUUCAGGUGUCCUUAAAAACUGGUCCUCACUGAUGGAGGUCACUGCUGAUAUGUCACUGGAGGUUCAUUAUUACAAUGAAACCUAUGCAGUGUGGGAGCCACUUAUUGAACGAGUUGAAGGAGGAAGGAAGCAAUGGAAUUUAAAGCUAGAGAUGAAGACUAACCCUGUCCAGGAGAGAAGUCUGCUGCCAGGGGAUGAUUUCAUUGUUAUUCCUGAGCCACAAACAGCAAUUAACAUCUCUUCAAUGGACACAAUGAACAUAACAAUAUCCAAAUGUUGUCUAGCUGUUUUCAGUAACCUAGCCAAGGCAUUUUCAGAAGCAACUGCAUCCACCUUUGGCUAUUCCUUUAAAGAGACAGCACCUAUCAUAGUGAAGAAUGCCCUGGGUGUUCCUCUCAAAGUGAUUCCUAGCUCCAAUUUUCGGAUAGUGGGUUCAGUUGAAAAAGAAAAUGUGAAUGAAAUAGAAACUGGUCAGAGCAUGGAACUGGAAUAUUCUGUUUUUGAAGCACCCCAGCGAGGAAGGUUGUCUGCACUGCACCGACAGGAAAGCUCUGUCUUCUCUUUAAAUUUAGAGCUGGAGGGAUACCAGGAGGCGCUGAGCAUUCCCGUGGCCAAGCCAGGCCGGCGCCUGUACAGCGUCAGGGCCGGCGCCGAGCGCCCCGCACACGACUCGGUGCUGGUGCAGAUCGACGCCACGGAAGGGAAUAAAGUCAUCACUGUGCGCUCCCCUCUGCAGAUCAAGAACCAUUUCUCAAUUCCAUUUGUGAUCUACCAGCUGGCUAAAGGCUCCAAGUUGCUGAAGCCAAUUGGCAUAUCCAAGCCAGAAGAAGAGUUUCAUGUUCCUUUGCAUUCAUACAGGUGCCAUCUGUAUGUCCAACCAACAGGAAUAUUUGAGGGUCAGUACAAGGAGUCUACAACUUACAUUGCCUGGAGGGAAGAGCUACACAGGAGCGAUGAAGUCAAGUGCUUGUUGCAGUGCCCAGCCACUGAGACCAAUUUCCUGCCUCUAAUAAUCAGCUCAGCAGCUGUACCUGAUGAACUGAGUUUUAUUUCAAGUUCUGUAGAGGAGUUGGAUCCUGCCUACAUUAUCCACCUUUGCCCUACACUGACUGUGAGGAAUCUCCUGCCAUACACCUUGAGAUUUUUACUUGAGGGAACCGCAGAAGACCGUGAAUUAACUGAAGGCAGUGCUGCAGAUGUUUUUCACUCAAGAAUCAGUGGAGAAAUAAUGGAGCUUGUGUUGUUAAAAUACCAAGGCAAAGACUGGCAUGGCCAUCUCAAAAUCUGUGAUGGGAUGUGUGAAUUUUUCCCUGUGCGUUUCGUGUCCCACAGUGCCCCAGAGCUGGCUGUGGAUGUUUACAUCCAUGCCAGGCGGGUCGGCGGCCACAUGGUCCUGGCUGUGUUCAGCCCCUACUGGAUUAUCAACAAGACCUCCCGAGUCCUGCAGUACCGAGCUGAAGACACUCAUGUGAAGCAUCCAGCAGACUACAGAGAUAUUGUUUUGUUCUCAUUUAAAAAGAAAAAUAUUUUUAGUAAGAACAAGAUCCAGCUCUGUAUUUCAACCAGCACUUGGUCCAACAGCUUUUCCCUUGAUACUGUGGGAAGCUAUGGAUGUGUCAGGUGUCCAGCUAAUAACAUGGACUACCUGGUUGGAGUCAGCAUCACAAUGAGCAGUUUCAACCUUACCAGGAUAGUUACCUUCACUCCAUUCUACACAAUAGCAAACAAAUCUUCUCUGGAGCUUGAAGUUGGAGAAAUUGGUCCUGAUGGUUCUCUUCCAACUAAUAAAUGGAGUUAUAUCUCGGCUUCAGAGUGUCUUCCAUUUUGGCCUGAAAACUCAUCUGGUGAACUUUGUGUAAGAGUAGUUGGCUAUGAAAGCUCAUCCAAACCAUUCCUGUUUAAAGCCCAGGAUAAUGGUACUCUGCUGAAACUGGAAGAAUUGAAUGGGGGCUUGCUGGUAGAUGUGAAUGUCUCAGAGCAUUCUACUGUGAUCAGCUUCACAGAUUACCACGAGGGAGCUGCCCCAGCUCUGAUUGUGAACCACACUCCGUGGGACUCCCUCAGAUAUAAACAGAGUGGAUUACAGGAGGAAAUGGAGUUGAAACCAAGGCAAGUAUGCCUCUUUGCCUGGACAGAUCCAACCAAACCAAGAAAACUGACUUGGGGCUACUCUCAAUGUUUUGGUGAACAUGACCUACUUAAGGAUGACUGUGGCCAGUUCCCCUACAAUGCAAACACUCAGAUUCACUGGGUGUCUUUCCUGGAUGGACGACAGCGAGUGCUGCUUUUCACAGAUGAUGUGGCUCUGGUGUCCAAAGCACGACAAGCAGAGGAGCUGGAGCAACCUGACCAAGAAAUAAACUUGUCAAUCCAUAGUCUUGGACUUUCUCUAGUUAACAAUGAAAAUAAAAAAGAAAUCUCUUACAUAGGAAUUACUAGUUCUGAUGUUGUUUGGGAACGGAAACCAAGGCAAAAGUGGAAACCAUUUAAUCAAAAACAAAUAAACCUAUUGGAACAAGCAUAUCAAAAGUAUCUCUCCAGGACUGCUUUCCAAGGUCCUGGUUGGCAUAAACUGGACAGCAAUACUGAGGUGAAUUUUAGCAAGUCCCCAAUGGAAAUGCGUCUGCCCGUCAGAUGCAGCAUCCGCCGGAACUUCCUGUCAGGAAUUCAGGUUGAAUUCAAGCAGUCACCUCACCAAAGGAGCCUACGGGCUCAGCUCUACUGGCUGCAGGUUGAUAAUCAAUUACCAGGGUCGAUGUUUCCUGUUGUAUUUCACCCUGUGGCCCCUCCCAAGUCCAUUGCUUUGGAUUCAGAACCAAAGCCCUUCAUUGACAUCAGCAUCAUCACUAGAUUCAAUGAAUACAGCCAAGUCCUGCAAUUCAAGUACUUCAUGGUUCUUAUCCAGGAAAUGGCACUGAAAAUCGAUCAAGGAUUUUUAGGAGCACUUAGUGAACUUUUCACUCCAUCUACAGACCCAGAAGCUGAAAGACAAAGGUCUAAAUUAAUUCAGCAAGAUUUGGAUGCACUUAACACUGAGCUGAUGGAGUCUUCCCUAACAGAUGUGUCAAUGCUCAGCUUCUUUGAACAUUUCCAUAUUUCUCCAAUUAAGUUGCAUUUGAGUUUGUCCCUGGCUGCUGGUGGAGAAGCAUCAGAUAAGGGGGAAGAAAUGAUAGCCAUCCAUUCUCUGAAUUUGCUGUUGAAAAGUAUUGGAGCUACUCUCACAGAUGUGGAUGAUGUUGUUUUCAAACUUGCUUUCUUUGAAAUUAAAUACCAGUUCUACAAGAGAGACCAACUGAGGAUGAGAGUUAUUAGGCAUUACAGUGAACAAUUCCUGAAACAGAUGUAUGUUCUUGUACUUGGAUUAGAUGUUCUUGGAAAUCCAUUUGGUUUGAUCAGAGGGCUGUCUGAGGGAGUUGAAGCUUUCUUCUAUGAGCCAUUCCAGGGGGCUGUUCAAGGACCUGAAGAAUUUGCUGAAGGCUUUGUAAUUGGUGUUAGAAGUCUUCUUGGGCACACAGUGGGUGGGGCAGCAGGGAUGGUGUCCAGGAUCACUGGCACUGUUGGCAAGGGCUUGGCUGCCAUCACUCUGGAUGAGGAAUUUCAGCAGAAAAGGAGAGAGGAGAUGGGACGGCAGCCCAAGGACUUUGGGGAGAGCCUGGCCAAAGGAGGGAAAGGCCUGUUAAGGGGUGUUGUUGGAGGUGUGACAGGCAUCAUCACUAAACCAGUAGAAGGAGCUAAAAAAGAAGGUGCAGCUGGAUUCUUUAAAGGCAUUGGGAAGGGGCUGGUAGGAGUGGUAGCCCGGCCGACGGGAGGCAUUGUGGAUAUGGCAAGCAGCACAUUCCAGGGAAUCCAAAGGGUGGCAGAAUCAACUGAGGAAGUGUCAAACCUGCGUCCCCCACGCCUCAUCCGAGAGGAUGGCAUCAUCCGGCCCUACAACAGGGUGGAAGCUGAGGGCUAUGAUUUAUUUGAGAAGUUGCACAUCAGGAAGUUGGAAAAAGAGGUUUAUCGAUACCACUGUCCAAUUCCAAGAGGCAGAAGAGCAAAUCUUAUUGUUACCAACAGGAGAGUGAUAUAUGUGAAAGAAGUGGAAAUCUUAGGCCAUUUAACAACAGAGUGGGAUUACUUAUUUGAAGAAUUCACACGUUAUCCCUCCUAUGAAGCAAAUAUUUUAAAAAUUACUGUUUGGGAAGAACAAAACAUGUUCCAAAGAAAGGACAGUGCAGGUUAUGAAUGUGUAAAGACUGUUCAGCUUUGGGAUGAAGCUACAGCAAGGAGGGUUUGUGGUGCCAUUCAGGAAGCCCUGGCAACACGAAAACAGGAGAAGCUGGUGAAGAGAGCAUCCUUAAAGUGGAGGAAACCUUAAAUGCUCUCUUGAUAGCCAGGAUUUGUCGGGUUUGACACUUGGUAUGCAAUUUUCUCCCUAAAAUUGAUUAGAAGCAACAUGGAAACAUUGGGGAAAAAGUGAAAAUAAAAUAUCUGAGGUCUUCUUUCAAAGUCAGCAGCCAUUAACACUUCAGUUUUAGAAGUUAUGCAUCAUUUGGAAGGAAUUGGUUCCUAAAACUUGCAUUUCAGUUUAAAAAUUCCAUUUCUUUGAUAAAAUGUUUUCCCACUCUGAAAUUUUAUUUUCUGCCCUUUUAAUGUCAGAGAUUCUAAAAUGAAGUGGUUACCUUAUUUGCACUCUAAGGUUUUGGUUUACAGACCAGGGGUAGUGGUUGUGGUGUUUUUUCAGAUGAAGCACUUCUGUUAGUGAUUGAAACAAAUUAAGAACUCUGUUUUAUACAACAUUCUCCUUAAAUGACUCUACACAAUUUAGCUAAUAUAAUUUCAUCUCUGAAUGUUUAGUAUUAGAAAAUACUGCAUAGAAGCAAUGUAAUAAUUUCUAUAUAUAAAAGAAAUAGGCUGUGGUUGUCUGGAAAUGUUUACUUUGAAAUGUCACAUUGUAAAUGAAAAUCUGCACUUUAAAAAUGGAAAAUAUUAUUCACCUGUCAUGUGCCUGUUUAUGGUUUUGGUUGUGUCACUGUAGCCUAAGAACUCUCCAGGAGGAACAGCACACUGGGUUUAGCAUUGGAUGUCAGAAACUUAAAUCUGAGAAAUUAGCUCUCCAUAUUUCAGUGGCUCCACUGGAAGAAAGCCAUCUCACUGAGUUCAAACUCACUUCUGAUGCAACCUUUUUGUGGCAGUUUCUCCUCCUGAAGGCUGUCAGCAUUCAGUUUAACACAACAGUUAAGCACAAAUUGUAUGAAUAACCCAUGAACUUCCUUGAGACAAGUUCCAUUCUUACCAGGAGGCCAAUCCAUAGGUAGCUGAGUCAGGAAUAGAGGAGCAAACAGAUUUCAGGUUUGAAUUCAGUGAUCAGGGAACUGGGAGCUGUUGCUGUCAGAUCAGAAAAUCAGUAAUAAUACAACCUAGUCCUUGCAAAAACUCAUGAAAAUUUGACCUUCUUAAUAUCCUUUUCUUGGAAACAAUAUUUUCUAUUUCUUACUUCUCUUUUGUGCUAGAUAACAGCUGUAGAUAGAAACUUGAUGAACUAAAAUGACAGUAUUUUUCUACAGAUCCAUACAGUGCACCAGGCCUGGAUUUUUAAACUCUACACUUAGGGGCUGGUGCAUUGUAUAAAUGCACUCUUUACCUGCACCUAUGAGCUCACCAAAGUUAGAAAGUUUAAGAUAUUUGUAUGCUGCCAAACACAGAAUUUGCAGAGAGCAUUGCACACAUGAUUUGAUUGGUAUUGUAUGCACAUGGCUAUUAAUCCACUUUUCUACAAGGGAAGGAAUGUGGUACAGCUUUAAUUCUUAGUAUCACCUGUUUUCUAGAAAGCUCUGCUCAACAAUAAAGAAAAUAGCUGUCCAGCUUGUAUGUAUAUCAAGUUCAUGUUUUAAAAAAAAAGACAAUAAAUUUUUAUAUGCAA